CUCUGAUUGAAUGCGAUAUAGUCUUUGACUGGUGUUUGACGAAAAAUGUUUAAAUUAUCGGUAAUACUUUUAGUUGGAGCGAUUGUAACCUUGGGCAAAACGGUGCCUAAGGCGGAUAACAUAUUCCGAAAAUCGUUUAAAAGUUUGCAUAAAGAUCCCGCGCCACCCGCUCAAACACGGGCCAAUGUUCAAACUUUGUCUAUUAAACAAAGAUUAGAUCACUUUGAUGAAAAUGAAACGCGUACAUGGAAUAUGCGUUAUAUGGCAAACGAUGAAUUUUUUGAGGAAGGUGGACCAAUGUUUAUUUACGUUGGAGGAGAAUGGUCAAUUUCGCCGGGUUAUAUAAGUGGUGGGCAUGUUUAUGACAUGGCCAAAGAACAUCAUGGCUAUUUGUUUUAUACCGAACAUCGUUACUACGGUGAAAGCCAUCCAUUGCCAGAUCUUUCCACCGAAAACCUACGAUACUUGAAUGUCAAACAAGCCUUAGCUGAUUUGGCCCACUUUAUACGUACCAUGCGGCAGGAGAUACCAGGCAUGGAAAAUUCCAAAGUCAUACUAACGGGUGGCUCUUAUUCAGCAACUAUGGUGACAUGGUUUAAAAAAUUAUAUCCUGAUUUGGCAGCUGGUAGUUGGGCCUCAAGUGCACCCUUAUAUGCAAAAGUCGACUUCUGGGAAUACAAAGAAGUUAUGGGAGAUUCUAUACGUUUGGCGUAUGGCGAAGAAUGUAAUACACGCAUACGCAACGGUAUAGAAGCCUUGGAGACUAUGUUCGAAGAAAAACGCGCAGCUGAAGUGAAAGCCAUGUUACACCUAUGUGAUCAUUUCGAUGAAACAAAUGACUUGGAUGUAUGGUCCCUGUUCGGAGAAAUAUCGGAUACGUUCGCUGGCGUUGUGCAAACACAUGACGAUGGGGAUAUACAACGAGCUUGCAAAACAAUUAUGGAUGGCGCUGACGAUGUCACUGGAUUGACAACUUAUUUAUUGAAAAACUGGGACGACUCUGGCAAUUGCAAUGACUUAACCUACAAUGCCUUCUUAAGCGGUCUUAAGGAAACGGCUUACAAUGGUGCCAUGCGCCAAUGGAUUUAUCAAACCUGCAAUGAGUUUGGUUGGUAUCAAACAUCUUCGUCCAAGGAACAACCUUUCGGCUCCAAAUUUCCGUUACCGUUCUACACCACGCUUUGCGCUGAUGCUUACAGUUCAAAUUUCACCGAGAAGUUCAUUAAUCAACAAGUUGCAAAAACGAAUGACUUUUUCGAAGGUUUGGAAUUGAAAGUGGAUAACGUUUAUAUGACACAUGGCGAGUUGGAUCCAUGGCGCGCCAUGGGUUUGCAAGAAGGGGAGCAGACAACAAUCAUACCAAUGCACGCGCAUUGUAAAGAUUUGAAUUCGAUCAUGGAACGUGAUACACCAGAAAUGCGGGCUUCAAAAGAGAAAAUCUCACAAUUGGUGAGAAAAUGGUUAGCUGAAUAAUGAUUUUUGUAUGUAUGCA